UUUGCAAACAUUUAUGGAGCUCCCCCUCUAAUCUCUAUAUAUGAUCUCCUUUACAUUUUAGAGAUCAAUUCCAUUAGUGAGGGAGAAGUGAGACACUAUCUAUAUGUAUACAUAUUUUUGUUCUUAAUUCGUUCUCUUCUCUUCUGCACAAUGUCCUCUUCGGACGGCACACGGAUCAUGUUGUGGAAAAUAUUGCUGCGGUCGACACCGCCAGGCCCGAUCCUUUGACAUAGAGAUUGGUUCGCGCGCAGGACGACAACCGCGAUAAGCGGUUUCAUCUUCUUUCCAAGUCUCCGUGACCGUCCGAUCGAUACCGAUGGUGCGAUCGAACGGCGGCCUCGCGAUGAGACGCCGCUUCCCGGUGUCCGCCGAUGACUCGGGCGGGGACCCCGUCGAGUGCGACGGCCGGUCGUGCCGGUCGUGCACCGCUGUCGCCAUCGCCAACUGCAUCGCCCUCAGCUGCUGCCCCUGCGCGGUGGUCAACCUCCUCGCGUUGACCUUGGUCAAAGCACCGUACGUCGUCGGGAGGAGGUGUUUGGGAAUGUUGAGAAGGCGGAGGGGCUUUUUGCGAAAAAGACGGGUCAGAGACGUCGCGCAAAACUGCGAGGAGGAGGAGGAGGAAAAAGAAGAGAAGGUGGUUGUGAGGCUUGACGCUAAGCCAAUUGAGAGGAGGGGUAAGGAGUGGGGCGAGAUGGGUAUUUUGGGAAUUGCGCUUGGGGAGAAUAAACAAGAUAGGGGUAUUUUGGGAACUGGGUUAGGAGAGAGUAGGCGCGAUAGGGGUAUUUUGGGAAUCGGAACGGAGGAGAAUGGGCAUGAUAGAUUGAGCUCUAGGCUCGACCAUGAAAAGGUGUGGGUGGAGUUUUACCAAAUUGGGCAUUGGGGAUUUGGUAGGGUAUCCUUCUCAACGAAUCCGGGGAGGGGUAGUGUGGGAAGAGAAAGGGCAGAGUGACUAAAAUGCCCUUAUUCCUUCCGCGCUCUGUGAAUUUGAAACAAAGAAAAUUGAUUUGAGAUAGGUAUUAGCAAAAUUCGUCAAAACGAUUUUUCAAAUUUGUAUCAUGCCUUGAGAUCUCUCCAUGCGGAUUUUAAAGCACAUCGUGCAGAUCUCGAGACAUGAUGGACGGCGCAUUUCAAAGUGUCUUAAGAUAAAUACUUGAGACAAAUAAAUUUGGUUGAUGGUGAUGAUGGGAGGUGUGAAGGGUGGUUUUUCUCUCUUUUUUUUUAUUUUUUUUUUUAAUGCAAGGUUUCAAAAUUGUUAGAUAAAAAGGGGGAGAAAUGUAUCCAUAUCUUAUAUAUAUAUAUAUGAGGUGGUGUUGUUGUUUCUUUUCCACCUCAGUGAAAUUGAUUCACUUUGAUUUGGUGAUAUGACAUGUGUAUUUCAAUAUUUUACCCUGUGAAGCAAUUUAUUAUUCGGUUUCA